GGAAGGUUUUUAAUUAUUUGUGCGACUUGGCUAAUUAAUUAAUUUUCCCAACGCUUUUGAAAACAAUCAUCUUUAGUGGUGGGCCCAUGCCAUAUUGUCAUCAGCAUUUUGCUUUUUCAUCUCGUAAAAUAGUCCCUACCUUUCCCCUCACCGUUAAAACUUGAAGCCCGGUGAUCUCUUAGUUGCUCUCAUGGCCACAAAUCAAGAACCAGAACCAUCAUGGCAACAACUCCUUGGAAGCAAAAACUGGGACUCUCUUCUUCAUCCUAUCAACCUCUCACUUCGCAACCACAUCCUCCGCUGUGGCGACUUCUGCCAGGCCACGUAUGACGCCUUCAACAACGACCAAAACUCCAAGUUCUGCGGCACCAGCCGCUAUGGCAAGCCCACUUUCUUCGACAAAGUCAUGCUGGAAUCUGCCUCCGAUUACAGAGUGGAAUCUUUUCUGUAUGCCACUGCUCGGGUCAGUCUCCCUGAAGCGUUCUUGCUCCACUCCAAGUCCCGGGAGUCCUGGGACCGCGAAUCAAACUGGAUUGGCUACAUCGCCACGACGUCCGAUGAAAGGACAGAAGCUCUGGGUCGUCGCGAGAUCUACGUAGUGUGGCGAGGAACUACGAGAGACUAUGAGUGGGUUAAUGUUCUUGGUGCAAAGCUUGAGUCUGCAAAACCCCUUUUGCGAGUCAACGAAAACACUAGUAGUACUAACAAGGAAAAAGAUGAUACAAGUAGCAGCAGUGAUAGCGAUGAUGAUAGUGAGAAGAAGCCUAAAGUGAUGCUUGGUUGGCUGACGAUUUACAUUUCUGACGAUCCCAAGUCACCUUUUACAAAAGUAAGUGCAAGGACACAGCUUUUGGGGAAGAUUAAAGAGUUGAAAGAGAGAUAUAAAAAUGAAAAUCUAAGUAUAGUGUUUACCGGGCAUAGCUUGGGAGCUAGCUUAUCGGUUAUAAGUGCUUUCGAUGUGGCUGAGAAUGGUGUGGCCGAUGAUAUUCCGGUGGCGGCUUUUGUUUUUGGUUGCCCACAGGUUGGAAAUAAGGCUUUCGAUGAGAGGAUGAAAAAGUAUCCAAAUGUUAGUGUAUUGCAUAUAAAGAACUCAAUUGAUCUCAUUCCCCACUAUCCUAGCCGGUUGUUGGGGUAUGUUAAUAUGGGAACGGAGCUGGUAAUUGAUACAAGGAAGUCGCCAAGCCUGAAGGACUCGAAGAAUCCCAGCGAUUGGCAUAAUUUACAGGCUAUGUUGCACAUAGUAGCAGGGUGGAAUGGAGAGGAAGGAGAGUUUAAGCUGAAAGUGAAGAGAAGUUUGGCCUUGGUGAAUAAGUCUUGUGCGUUUCUGAAAGAUGAGUGCUUGGUGCCAGAGUCAUGGUGGGUGGAGAAGAACAAAGGGCUUGUGAGGAAUGAAGAUGGAGAGUGGGUCAUGGCUCCACAAACUGAUGAGGACAUGCCUAUCCCUGAAACCUGACUAUUUGCUUGGAUCACUGUCUUGUUGUAGGUCAAUUUGCUGCGAAAUCAUGCCUAUCCCUGGAGAUUAUUUCUUGUAUAGCAAUUGCUGCGAAAACAUGAGAACAGUCGAAGUACGAAAUAAGCAUAAAAGAGCAUUUGAGGAGCA